CUGGAAUUGAAGGUCCAGGUCCAUUGCUCGCUAUCUCUAACUGGUUUAAUGCAUUUAAUAUAAUACACAAUGGUGCAUUUGUCCAGAGUCAAGCGCGAGCCGUCGCAUCGUCGGCACCACCGACAGGAGCGCGAUGCGACUGUCGCUCAGAAUCCGAUGUAUGCCAACGUCUAUGCGACGCGGUAUGCGUCUGAGGAGCUCCCGAUGCAUGUUAUGAACCAGCAGGGGAUGCCGGCUGAGGUUGCAUCUCGCAUGAUUGCGGACGAGCUGAGUCUGGAUGGGAAUCCUUUGCUCAAUAUGGCGAGUUUCGUUACUACGUAUAUGGAAAAAGAAGCCGAAGAGCUCAUGUCCAAUGCCAUGAGCAAGAACUUCAUCGACUACGAACAGUACCCACAGACGGCGCUCAUGCAGAACCGCUGCGUCAACAUGAUAGCCGAGCUGCUGAAUGCGCCUCAGAACCACGACACGGGCAAGGAAGAGGGUGCCAUGGGUACAUCGACCGUGGGCUCCUCCGAGGCGAUUAUGCUGGCCAUGCUGGCGAUGAAGAAGAGAUGGCAGAACAAGCGCAAAGCAGAGGGGAAAGACUGGUCGCGUCCGAAUAUCAUCAUGAAUAGCGCGGUGCAGGUCUGCUGGGAGAAAGCAGUGAGGUAUUUCGAUGUCGAGGAGAAAUACGUCUAUUGCACAGAGGACCGGUUUGUGAUCGAUCCUGUCCAGGCUGUUGAUCUGGUUGAUGAGAACACCAUUGGUAUCUGUGCUAUCAUGGGAACAACAUAUACAGGGCACUAUGAGGAUGUCAAGGCAAUCAACGACCUGCUCGUUAAACGCAACAUUGACUGUCCAAUCCAUGUUGAUGCUGCUAGUGGGGGAUUCGUGGCCCCGUUCACUGCUCCAUCGCGAGUAUGGGAUUUCCGGCUGGAAAAUGUUGUUUCGAUCAACGUGUCAGGGCAUAAGUAUGGGCUUGUCUACCCCGGCAUUGGCUGGGUAUUCUGGCGAUCCCCCGAAUAUCUCCCCAAGGAACUCGUCUUCAACGUCAACUACCUCGGCGCUGAACAGGCGACGUUUACUCUGAAUUUCUCAAAAGGCGCCUCCAACGUCAUCGGCCAGUACUACCAGCUAAUCCGACUCGGACGGGAAGGCUACAAAGUCAUCAUGCACAAUCUAACCCAGAUCUCCUCCCAACUUAGAAAGGGCAUACAGGAUCUAGGCUUCAUAAUCCUCAGCGACACCACGGGGACAGGCGGCGUGCCCCUUGUGGCCUUCAGAUUCCCAGAUGACGAGAACAGGCUAUUCGAUGAAUUUGCGCUGUCUGCCGUCCUGCGUCGGCGCGGAUGGGUCAUCCCAGCGUAUACCAUGGCACCGAACAGCAGCCAGAUGAAACUCAUGCGGAUUGUCGUCCGUGAGGACUUUACGACGCAUCGGUGCAUGCUGCUUAUCGAGGAUAUCAAGCAGGCGCUGAAGUCGUUGGAUGAUAUGGAUCAUAUGACUGUGCAGCGGUAUAUACAGUAUAUUGGCGAACAUGGACACCACCUUCCACCCGGCCACUCGUUCUACCAAAAUGAGCAGCAUUCUCUCCAGGGCACGACGGGGAAGUCUCAUACAGUCUGCUGAGCAAUCAUUUUCUGAUCUGGGCUAUAAUAAGUAUACCACUGUGUCGAGUAUAAGCGGUGUCUGCAAUGCAGACGUAUCCGUUAAGACACAUUUCAACCCUCUCCUGAAUAUCCGCAGUGUAACAGACCUACA